GUGAACGGAGAACGGUAAAGAGCGGUUGUUUUUUUUGGUCGGUGGUUCCGGCGGAGGCUUUCCGGAUCUUUUGUUCGUUUUUUAUUUCUCCUCUUUUGAAGGACAGUGUCUUCUUCUUCUUCUUUUUUUCCGAACGAAAAAGAAGAAAAAGAGGAAGAGUGAAAUAGUCAAAGUCAAGAUGGUGGACUUCAUGCGCCGCCGGCUGGCGAAGCAUAUAGAUGAGGACAUCGUUUUUCGAGAGCGGCGAGAAGAGGACGUAAAGCUGCACCGCGGGUAUGUUAUGGAAGAGUAUAGGAAUGCGCAUCUGUACGCAGAUUGGGAAGUGAAAACAGAUAAGGUGAUCAAAGAUGGGAUGAUUUUGAGAAAAGUGGAAGAGAUGAAGAGACAGAGGGAGGAGAUGGUGGAAGUGCGGCGGUCCAAGCUUACAGAGAGAUUGCUGCAGGAUGAUCGCGAGGUGCUGCACGAGCUAAAGUCUAUGGGGUGGGGGGAAACGUCAGAGCAACGGCUGGCAGUGCUCGCGGAGCGUGCGCGCGAGCUGAAGGCAAAGCGGGAGGUGGAGAUGGCGGAGUAUGCUGAGGAGCAGUUGCGCAGGCGAUGGCGAGAUGAAAGUGAAGAAGUGCGGGUGCUGGAGAUGGAAUGCAGAAUCAUUAGGACACUGGAAGCGCGCGCGAAACAGCUAGAAGAAAGACAGCUGAUCAGGCAGAGGGAGUGCGAAGAAAAGGUGGCUAUGGAGGAGAUGGUGAAGAGGGAACGGCUGAAGCAAGAGGAAAGACAUCAAGCCGAGGAGAGGAGGAGAUGGGAGUUGGACGCAGAAGCGCUGCGCAUCCUCGAUGAGCAGAUGGAGGCGAUCAAGGUGUUGAAAGAAGAAGAGAGAAAGAAAGCGGAGAAGGAGAUGGAAGACAUGAAGCAGAGAUGGAAGGAGCAAGACGAAGAGGCAAAGAGGAAGGAAGACGCGACACGCCAGAGGAACAUAGAGGUUAGUCGCCAAGUGAAGGCGUAUAACGAGCUCCGAAAGUGUGAUCGCCUGGCCGCACUGAAAGCGGAGAAGCAGAUGGAUCGUGAGAUGAUCGAGCUCUCCCUGAGGAUAGACCGAGAGUCGGAGGAGAGGGAGAGAGAUCUGAGAUCCAAGCAGCGAGCCGAAGCGAAGGCAUACAAGGAACAUCUGGAGCUAAUGAUGAAGCUCCAGAAAGAGAGCGAUGCGGAGCUCAAUGCUAUGAUCAAGCAGGCUAUGGAAGUGCAAUGGGCCAAAAGAGAGGCAGUCUGGAGACGCGAGGCAGAAGCCAAAGCCUGCCUCAUGGAGGAGGUGCAUCAGUAUCGUCAAAGACAAGUCCAAGAGAAAGGUGAUUACAUCUCUUUUCUGAGUUUUUGAACCUUUUUCUCUUUUCUUUUCCUUUUUUUCCCCCUCUCUUCCCCUUCAUCUCGUUUCACUCAUAGCUGUU